AUGGUAUAUGACAAGUAAGCACAUUCAGCGUAUUGUGUUCCACUUCUUCUACACUCUUCACUUUCUCUCUUGCCUCUGCAUCUGAUUCUAAAAUUCUGAAAGACCCAAAAGCAGAAGAAGCAAUGGCAGACAAGCCAAGCCGAUCCCUGGUUUUGUUCGGUGAUGGUUUAGCUCGUUUCAUCGAUUCAUCACAUACCCAUCUUCACUCGCUCGCUUCUCUCUCUUCAUGCGGUUUCUUAACUCUCCCCAAUUCUCGAUCUUCAGAAAGCAAGGAUGAAAGGGCAGUUAGAGAAUUUGCUGUGCUGCUAGAUGCUUGUCACAUUUAUUUGAAUAUGAAGGGGCAAAACACUGAUAAUGAUAACCAAGAAGAUCCUUCAAAACAAACCUUACCUGACAGGUUUAUGGGAAUGAAAGCUGCUAUUUUGACCAACAAUUUAAGCUUGAAAUCUUUUAGUGCCAAACUAGGCUUCACUGUUCUUCAAUUGGAUGAGUUAGUAAAAAAUUGUUCUGCUGAGUUGCAACAUAAUGUUGUGCCCCUUGGGCUGCUCAAGUUGCUUGGCUUUCAAGAAGGGAAGGUGCUAGACAACGAUUACUUUGAUCUUGUUUUUUUUCACAUUGGAGCUGGUGAGAAGGACAAUUGUUAUGAACAAGACGUCGCUGCUGCUGAUGCGAAGUAUAUGGAUGCCUUGGUUGGAGAGAUAAUGAGCCAAACACAACCGGGAUCUGACAUCAGUUCGCGACUGCACUUGUCCCUUGUCAUGAGCUAUGGCAAUGUCUUGGAGGGCGAUGAUUCUAAGUUCUCAGUGUCUAAGAGGGUAGAAGAGAAGAGCUCUUAUCUUUCAGUGCUCUAUCCUCUACAAAGUUAUGCUAUGAAAGGAGGAGUUCCUCGGAAGGAUGUAAGGCAACAUUCCCCCAUGUUAAUAGCUCAAUGGCAAUAUGCUGUGACUCGCAAGGAUAACGCAGAGAGAUUUUCUUUCGACGACAUCAUGCAGCAUUGUGGAAAUCUUACAAUACCCGCAGAUAGGUUCUUGCAUGAGAUAGCCUUUAAGCUGUGGAAAGCUCCCAAGUAUGGAGCCUGAUUUUUUUUCCUUCUCAACUUCUUGUUGGCCUCUUGCCAUAGCAGCAGAGCUAUUUGAAAAUGUUGAUUAACAUGUUUAUUUCAUACUCUAAAGUAUGUUCCAUCAUGAAAUAACUAAAAAGAUUUUGAUGAUUAAACGGUAUACCUAUCCACUCACUUCUU